ACCUUGGCCGGGACGGGACUGAGGGGGCAAUAAGCGCUGCUGCACACAUGUUUGGAAAUCAUGACUGUACGGUAUGCCAGAGUAUUGACAUUAAUAUACCAAAGUUUCAUUAAGAGUCUCGCCCAGGUUAUGCCGUAUGCGUUAGGCUUUUAUCUGACGAAUGUCGCUCAAUGUAAGGGGGUGACGUCCAGUAGCAGGUGGCAUCCAUUGCACAGCGGGUGUAUGGCUUGUUAAUA